GUUUAUGAGUCAACCUCAGCCCUGAAAUUAGCCCAUAAGGACAAGAGAGCUUUAAGUGUGGGGCUGGCUGGGAAUGGCUAAAUGCAUUAGGCUGUGGCUCUCUGCUACUUCAGCAUCAAACCUGCCUGCGGCCAUGCUCCCUGCUGUGAUGAUAACCAACUAAACCUCUGAAACGAAAUUAAGAAAGGCACAUUGUUCAUCUCUAGCAUCUAUCUCAGCUGAGUACAUGAUCUGAGAACCUAAAGAGACACAUUCUACCACACAUGACUGCUGACUCCCAUGCUUUCUGGAAAAUGCUGAUAUUGCUCUUAGGAAAUCAAGGUGGUGUAAACUUUAGGAGGGGGGACACCCACAAGAAGAAACAGGUCAGUGGAGGAGUGCCUGUGAGGGACAGACAUGGUUCCCAGCGUCUCUCUGCUCCCUCUCCAUCAUGAGAGCCUUGCUGGUGGACUGGCACUACAAGUUCCAGGUGGAAUUAAGCCCCACUGAUCCAGUACACACAUUGUACGCUUGGUGCUUCUCUACCUUGGAAGAUCGUGAAUUAGGUAACGUUAAAGGUAUUUGUGCUCUAUCUUGCUACUCUGUGCUUAAGAAAAACAAAUAUUGUUUGUAAUGUAAUAGGUUAGGUAAGAUCCUUUGUAAAAAACAAAAACAAACAAACAAACAAAAAACAAGACAGCCCCAACAGAAUAAGGGUAUAGUUGGUAUUUCUCGAUUCAUGAUAUGUAUGCUGCAAACGCAUUGAGUUUGAAAGUUCAGCCAGGGGUUAGUGAAGGGUUAAUCACAAGUGUAAGCAGAUUGGGAGUUUGGAAACAUAGGAAUGUAGCAGAGAUUAUCUGUAAGUCAGUACAAAGAUUUCAUAUCCUGCCCCUAAUCCUGAAAAUAUUGGAGACCUCCCAGGGGCCUCUGGACUUGGCGACUCUGUCUUCACCUAAGGUGGUUUUGACUUUCACUCCAGUGUGUCUGCAGCACUCUCGAAGGCCAGAGCUUGCUAUUUGAUAGGACUAUUUGCAUUUCAAAGCUAAUCAGUAUUGAAUAAUGGGCUGGUAAAAGAAGAGUAAGAGGGUUAUUGUGUGGGUUUUAUUAUUGUGUAAACUUGGGAAUACAAGCUGAGCGGGCUCUGGGAGCUGCACUCAAAUUCCAGCAGAUAAGAAAGUGGCUUAUGUAAAAGGCCUUUUAAUGAGUGAGUUACUCAUUACUUCCCCCGCAGUGAGAGCCUGGCACGGAUCACAUGACUGCUGGGCUUCAUAAGGAAGUAAAAACAAAAAGUGAAGAGAAAACUAUUACUCAUACUCCACUCUUAAGUAAAAGCACUCCUUAAAUCUGUAGCUUUUACUCUCUUGUGACUUUUGAGUUAAUAAAUGAUUAUGUUUCAUUUUUCCAGCUCGGACUGAACAAUUAUAACUCUAGUUCAAUUGCACUUCACAAGUUCAAUUCAGCAAGGAAAAAAGGGAAAAUAUUGACGCUGGCUCUCACCCUAGAGUUGAUUCCAUUAGUUUGGGGUGUGUCCUCAUAAACAAUAUUUUCUGUUAGUUCCCACUUGGUGUGCUCAGGUUGCUUGGGACCUCUAGAUGGCUCAGUGGUAAAGACACUUGCCUACAAGCCUGAGGAUUAGAGAUCCUGGGACUCAAACGGACUCACCCGUGGAGAGAACUGACUCCAGCAAGUUGUCCUCUGACUUACACACACACCCCAUGCUGUGACCAACACGCACACACGAUAUUUUUCCUCACAAAAAGACCUCUAAAAAGACCUGAUCAAUGUUCCUAUUGUCUGCAGUAAGGUCUCACUGUGAGGGGCAGGCUUGAUUAGAACUUUCUAUAUCGUCCAAGCCGACUCCUGUAUUUCCCUCUCAAGUGCAUUCAUCACCACUCCUGACUGUUGUAGAAUAUUAUUUUAAGAGGUGUUACAUUUGUUUAUGCUGUAUAACAUUUCUUUAAUGAUGCAAAGAUGUGUUGCAUUCUUUUAUGUUGCAUUUGUUUAACUCUGUGAAGCUGUGUUACUGUGCCUGUCUAAAACACCUGAUGGUCUAAUAAAGAGCUGAACGGCCAAUAGCAAAGCAGGAGAAAAGAUGGGCGGGGCUGACAGGCAGAGAGGAUAAAUACAGGAGAAAUCUGGGAAGCAAGAAGAAGAAGGAGGGUGCAAGGGGCCAGCCACCCAGCUACACAGCCAGCAGUGGAGUAAGAAAGAAAGAUAUACAGAACUAAGAAAAAGGUAAAAGCCCAAAGGCAAAAGGUAGAUGGGAUAAAUUUAAAGUUAAGAAAAGCUGGCAAGAAAUAAGCCAAGCUAAGGCUGGGCAUUUAUAAGAAAUAAUAAGUCUCUGUACAAUUAUUUGGGAGCUGGAUGGCAGGCCCCCAAAAGAGAAAAACAAAACAAAAAACAGACAGUAUUUUGGCAUUCCAACGUGCGACUAGAGUAAAAGAAAAUCCACCUGGCAUGUCCUAAAGUUUAACUGAACACAGCUGUUGGUUAAAAAAGAAAAUAGAUCAUAUAUAAAAAUCUGUCUGUCUACUUAAUGUAGAUGUCAGUAUAAUCUAUAUGCAGAAAAUGCACCACUAUUAAAAUAUGAAUAGUAAAAAAAUAUUUUCUACAUAUCUAAGCAUGCUUUUGGCAUAUCUUGGAAACCACUGUUCCACAGAGAAUAUCAGUUCCUUGGCAUGGAAUGCAAGUUUCUGUUCUGGCACAAUCUCUCUCUCUUGCUGUUAUAUUUCCCUGCUGGUUUUAUAUUGUCAACAUUGCUUUGUGUGUGUUUGUGUGCAUGCUUGACAAUGCAUGUGUGUGAGUAGGCCAGAGGACAACCCUGGGUGUUGUUCAUUGCCUGAUCUAUUUUGGGAAUUAAGAUCUCUCUCUGGACUGGAACUUGUCAAGUAGCCCGGACUGGCCAGCCAGUGAUCAGGGGAUCUGUCUUUUCCCACCUUUCCAACACCAGGAUUACAAGAUUGUGCUACUAUACACAUUUUUUUUUUUUAAAAAUAGAAUCUGUACAUUAGUAGAAUUGAAGUCUUCAUGCUUAUAAGAACAUUAUUGACUGAGUUGACUUGCUUCAGCCCUGCUGCUGUUUGCUCAACAUGUAUGUCUCUAUUAGCCAGUUUGCUGUUACUAAAGUGAAAUACUUGACGCGUGGUAUAUAUGAAGUAAAGAGAAGUUUCGUUAGCUCACAGUUACAGAAGUUCAAGUUCAACAUGGGUGAUCCUGUCCCUGGAUAGGUGAAUACACUGUGUGACAAUGGUUGGGCACCAGAUAGAAGGAACAGUCACGUCUCAAGCCAUGGGUAGAAAGAGAGAUUGUGUCCUACAAUCUCUGGGGCACUUAACAGGAACUAGAGCUGGUUAAGCUUUUAGGCUUUUGAGCAGCAGUUCAGCUGAAAUCCAUUUGGAUGAAGACUCAGAAGCUUCCAGUCUGAGGCAACAGGAUCAGCUGAGGAAUUGGUGAGGCGAAGAAGUUGUGGCUUGUUCUGCUUCUCUGAUCUUCCAGCAUUCACCCUAAUACCUGGCUCAGGUUUGAUUUUAUUAAUAAGAUCUUUUAAGAUUCGUGCUACACCUAUUAGCAUCACCAUGGGGACUGAUACCUUAACAUACAGGCCUUUGGGGGAAAAACUCCCCACAUCUAAACCAUAACAAAGCACCACCCCUCUAUGUUGCUAUUACCUCUUUGUUUUUGUUGUUUAAUCGGUGCUGUAUUCCCAACUGUCUUGAGUCCAUAUUCUGAGAUGGGGAUUGGGUAAGACAGCUUCUGCGUAACCCCUACUUUGGGCUUACACUGUAUCUUCCCCUCCAUCCAUUAAGGAGUCAUCAAAUGGGGGCAAGUCUUGGGUAAGGCAAAUCCUGGAGCACCAUCACCUCCAGUGGCCAACGAUUGUGGGAAUAAAUGCUUGAAUGUCAAGUGGGACCUGGGACGCUCACCACUGCUUGUGGCGAUUAACCAGCUCACUCAAAGGUGUCAUUGUUCAUCAUACUAGUUUUUACUUUCUUUUUUCCAAGCUUCUACAUUUCGCUUACAUAAUUUAAGUAUAAAAAUAAGAAUAGUUAGGACAGUGUAGUCAUUUUUCUACGUUUUACCCAAUUUAAAAUUCAAUUCUUUAUUUUGAAGUGAUUUGUUCCAAAUUAAAUUAAAAAUUCUUUUUUUUCUCCAGCAUUGGGAAAAUAUAAUAUCAGAUUAAUAGAUUGUUUUCUUAGCAACUAUAUUGAGGUGUGAUUCCUGCAGAAACAGAUUUUAAAUAAACUUGCUGCUUCUUAGCACUCAGUCUCAUUAUGCUGAAAAGUUACUAUGCACUUCAUUUUGGGGCACGAAUACACAAAUACCACCCUACCUAGCUGGCCUGGAACUUGGUGUGUAGACUUAGCUGGCCUUGACCUCAUAAAAAUCUGUCCACUUCUGCCUCCUGAGUGCUGAGAUGAAAGGUUUAUACCACUAUGCCCAGUCUGUGAGGGUUUUUUUUGUUGUUGUUGUUGUUGUUUUUUUUUUUUUGGUAAGAAUUAAUUGCAUGAUCAAAAAAUACAUACAGGCCAUCUUGCGUCCCUGCGUGUGUGCACCUUAUCUCAGCUGGUCUGGCUGAGACCCCCUGAGUGCGAACCCUAGUCCCCCGCUUGGCCCCAUUUCCACUCUGACAAGAAGAAACAACCAUGAACCAGGAGAAACUGGCCAAACUGCAGCCACAAGUGCGCAUUGGUGGGAAAGGAACUGCUCGCAGAAGGAAGAAGGUUCACAGAACAGCCACAGCAGAUGAUAAAAAACUGCAGUUCUCCUUAAAGAAGUUAGGAGUGAACAAUAUCUCUGGUAUUGAAGAGGUGAAUAUGUUUACAAACCAAGGAACCGUGGUCCAUUUUAACAACCCUAAAGUUCAGGCAUCUCUGUCAGCAAACACCUUCACCUUUACAGGCCAUGCUGAGACAAAGCAGCUGACAGAAAUGCUUCCCAGCACCCUAAACCAGCUCAGAGCGGACAGUCUGACUAGUUUAAGGAGACUGGCUGAAGCUCUGCCCAAACAAUCUGUGGAUGGAAAAGCACCACUUGCUACUGGAGAGGAUGAUGAUGAUGAAGUCCCAGAUCUGGUGGAGAAUUUUGAUGAGGCUUCUAAGAACAAGGCACACUAAAAUGAGGUGACUUCUGAAGACGGUGACACCUGCAGAAGUUACAGGAGCUGCUAUUUUAUAUCAUGACUGCUUUUUAAAAUUCUUUUGUUUAUGGAUCUGAUAAAAUCUAGAUUGCUAAUAUUUUUAACCUUGAGCCCCUUGGACACUGAAGCUUUUUCAGUUUUUGCUUAAACACAAUUCAUUCUUGGCAGCAAAUUAAGCUGAAGAAGCCUGGGAAUAAAGUUUGAGAAAGGGUUAAUAAAAUUCUUUGCCUAGUUAAAAAAAAAAGUACAUACAACACCAAUAAUAUAGGAAAUAGUAAAUGCUUCAUUUUGCUUCACUAGAUAAAGAAAGAAA